GACGCGGCGGCCAAUCAAACUGCUGCCUCAGCGGCGCCAAUGAGAGGCGCGCAAGGCUGGAGAACGAGGCGAUUCAGGAAGCGAGGCAUCCAAUAGCAAGUGCUUCGGUCGCUUUCCUGACCUCCGGAGUGGAGCGCUUAGCCGUUCCACGGAUGCCGCAGGAAGCGCCACUCCAGACGUGCGGGGGACACGUGCAAAGCGGCGGGGAGUUUCUCCGUCCUCCGUCUCUUGCACGCGGGGAGCCUCGCUCCGCUCCUGGCGGGAGUUUCCUCUCAGGGGAUUCCUGUCUGAUGUGAAGAACAAAAAUUGAAACACACAUUUGGUUUGGUUUACUGGCCUCAGUAGGUGGAUAUUGGUACCAUCUGUGGGGAGAAAGACCUGCCUGUAGGCUGAUAUGGCACUUUUGCACUUUAGGAUCCCGAACAGUUUUUCGGAGAAGAGAGGAGGCACUUUUGCACUGAAACUUUUGUGUUUUACUCUUUCUGUGUUCCUUUUCUGUGAAUUUUUUAUUUACUACAUAGUUAUAAUUCAGUGUCACUGGCCGCAAUUGAAAGCUCAGGCUCCAAGGGCUACUGAAAAGACUUCCAAUUCUGUCUUGAAGGCUAUGUUUUUAUCAGAUACUCAUUUACUAGGUGAACUCAGUGGUCACUGGCUGGACAAGCUGAGAAGGGAAUGGCAGAUGGAGAGAGCCUUCCAAACUGCUCUCUGGCUUCUGCAGCCAGAAAUAGUCUUUAUCCUGGGUGAUAUCUUUGAUGAAGGGAAAUGGAGUUCUUCCCAGGCCUGGUCAGAUGAUGUAAGACGCUAUCAGAAAAUGUUUAGGCAUCCAGCCUCUGUUGAGCUAAUUGCUAUUGUUGGCAACCACGACAUUGGCUUUCAUUAUGAAAUGACGGAAUACAAGUUGCAACGUUUUUCAGAGGUUUUCAAUUUCACUUCAGAGAAGCUGGUAACUCGGAAAGGGAUAAACUUUGUUAUGGUGAACAGUGUUGCUCUUGAGGGUGAUGGCUGCAUCAUCUGUAGAACAGCAGAAGCAAAGCUUGCAGAACUCUCCCAUCAACUCAACUGUUCACUGCAGGAACAAAGUCAGUCCAGAAAAAGGUGCAGCGAUGUAAACAAGCUCCCACCUACAGCUCCAAUUCUAUUACAGCAUUAUCCUCUUUAUCGAAGAAGUGACGCAAAAUGCACAGGAGAAGAUUCUGCUCCUUUGGAUAAAAAGAAUUACAUCUUUAAAGAGAAGUACGAUGUGGUUUCAAAAGAAGCUUCUCAAAAGCUGUUAUGGUGGUUUCAUCCUCGGCUCAUUUUGAGUGGUCACACCCACAGUGCCUGUGAAGUGUUGCAUAAUGGGAAAAUCCCAGAAAUCAGUAUUCCGUCAUUCAGUUGGAGGAACAGAAACAAUCCUAGUUUCAUACUGGGCAGUAUAACACCAACCGACUUCUCUCUCUAUAAGUGCUUUCUUCCAUUCGAGAACACAGUUCUUACUAUCUACUGUGCAGCAGGAGCUGUGCUUUUGGUCCUCGUACUAGCUCACUUUCACCCUCUCGUUACCCCUUUUCAUUUUGUUCAGCGUUUAAUCACUAAAUAUAAAGCAGUAUGAAGAGUCAGACACUUGUAAUCGGUCACUGACACACCAAAGCUAAAGAACAGUCCAUCAGACUACAUUCAUGCCAGCAAAUGCGUACUUGAAUUGCUAGCCCAAAGGCAGGUUGCCUUUACAUACAGAAAGUCCUAUACAGUUGAUAUGACUUAUACUACAGGGUAAGUUAACUGAAUGCUUCAUGCUGUACAAAAAUAUUGUAUUCUACAAUCAAAUGAAUCAUUUUCUUGCUAAAGUUUUUGUAUCAAAUAUGUAUAUUAAAAGUUUGUAACUGUACACUAUAAGUCCUACAAGCCUCCUCUUGUGUCUGCACUAGUGUCCUAUGCUGCUUAGAGGCUCAGUCUUUCUAAUUGGAAAUAAUUUUAAAGUGUUAUUGCUGCGAGACCAUCUGGUGUGGUACUUCUUUUCCUUGAUGUAGAGUUAUUUUACAAUAAGAUAUUACAAAAAAGGGCUAUUGGGAGAAGUAGCUUACUGGCCUCAGAGAAGUCUCCUUGUUCUAGGUUAGAUGUAGUUUUCGAUGGCAGUCAUCUGCCAAUCAUCAAAAUCCUUGCCUAACAGGCUUGCAGAGGAUUGGCUAACCAGGCAGAAAAUUGAGGACAAACCUCUUAGAUCUGUAGGCGUAUUUGUGUAUCCCACUGGCACGUGCUAUGAUGUCUGGCUGAAAUUAAUCUGUGGAAUAGAAGGCAAGCAGCUCCUUUCUCUUCACACCCCCAUUUUUUUUAAUAUAGGCCUAGUGCAUCAUUGCAGUAAACCAUAGCAAAUGAUUUACAGUAAAUGCAGAAAUUUCUCCUCUAGCAUGAAUGGCAGCAACAAACCACAAUCCCCUGGGUAAACUUGAGGAUUGUUGUUUAUUUUACUCCCAAACCACAGAGGGAAGUCAAGGUUUAUUUCUUGGCUUACCAACUGUGGUCUGUUCAUAGUGAAACAUAUCACAAUCCUCAAGUCCACAUGUUACACUAAGCCAGGACUGUGAUUUGUUUCCCCUGCUCACUUUGUGGCAGGAGCCAUCUUUAUGUUACAAGUAAGCUAUUAACUAUGGUUUACCAUGAUGGGCAAAUGCAGUAAGAGUGAAAGGCCUGAUGCUUGGUAUUAGUGAUGCACUUUAUGGGAAAUGGUGUUGUCAGAAUCUUGCAUUUUGAUCCUAGACACUUGUGUCUUUCUAACGUUUUGGAAACAUGCAUGGUUAGCAUUACUGAAAAAUCAUUAAAAUAUAUCCAACUAGCA